AUGAUACAUCUCAAGACUGCGAGUUUCAAUUCCUCCGCUCUUGAACUUGCUCGAACGUUCACCACUUGUUUGAGUGCAGACGAUCGUAGAAAUCACCACAAAGAGUUGUUGAGCACCUUCUAUAGUUACCUCCGCGAGGAAGUGGAGGAAUUACCAUACACACUAGAACAGUUAGAGGAAUCCUAUCAUUAUCUCUUACCACACGCUACUUCUGUAAUAGUGCCAUUUAUUGAUUCAAUUUACAACUUCAUGCAAGCAGAGCAACCGGAAUUGAAGCUGGCGAACAAGAGCGCUCUGAUAGAAAAAUGUGUUGCACUUAUGGAAGAUGGUGUUGCAAGCAAUAAUAGAUGGAAAGAUAAUUAA